AGAAAACGGAAGUGGGGGAGGUCCGUGAAUCCUCGGCAGAUGCCAACAACGAGACCCAUGAAAAGCAGGUGAAUCGGGAUAUGGGAGUUCAAUAAAACCGUCGCGCCAGGCCUUGCCUUGGUCAAGUUUUCGUGAAGUUGCGACUUGAGUGAGAGUGGGUCACAAUGUCGAUGGAACCAGUGCGGGAUGUGGACCUGGGAUACCAAUACAUGGGCAUGUCGGUGUGCACGGUGGUGGCUCCGGAGAGGGGAAGGGAGGCGAGGAACAAUUCUGUGCAGUCCCGGCGGAGGCGUAGAACCGUGGCGAGGAGAAUCGCGUUGGGAGUGUUCCGAUUGCCGUCUUGUUGCACUGCGCCCUCCACUCUUGAAGAUCCAGAUCCGUUGUCGGACAACAUCGGAAGGAAUCCGAGAUAUGCCCCCACUGGGGAGAUUAGCCCUCACAUUCCCUACGUGCCCAAAUACAUCCACUCGAGAGAGAUUUCUCGCCUCCCUGUGAAAAGCAAGCUGCAGCGCAAGGUGAUUAUUUAUUCGCCGAGCUCUGGGACGUCUAUGCAGCAGCUGCAGUCGACAUCCAAGGCAGCCCAAUGGAGGAUUGACUACGAAACUGAAACCAAGUGGGAAAGCUCCUUGAAAGGAUGGACAUCGACAGGGGAUUCUUACUUGGAUGUCGACGAAUCGGGUUUGCAAUUUGACAGCAAAGAGGCGGCCAUUACUUUUGCUGAACAAUAUGGCUGGUCCUAUAAGGUCAAGGAAGCGAAGCACAAGAGAAACUCAUCCUUGGGUAAUUUCGACUGGGUGGAACCGUGAUUGCUGGAAGUGCUUGAAAACUUGAAUCACUUACGCAGAAGUUCGAACAUCUACAUAAGUGUAAUUUAGUUUGUGCGUCUGGAGAGCCAAUUCUUAAAUUUCCUGGGGAACGUUGAGUGCUGUUUCUCACCAAUUGGAGUCAUAAAUCUAGAGGAUCUCAAAACAAAAACAAAAAAAAACAAAAAACAAAAAAGCCGCACACGUAGGGUGCUCAUUGUCAUUGACCUUACCAGACUGACUAGAGCCCCCACUGAAGGGCAAACCCAGUCAGAUGUAUUAAAUGAGUAUUCAGCGUGUUCCACAUCAUUGUACUAAAGGAUAGCUGUUGGAUGACGAUAAUGGAAAGUCAUUCCUUGUGAAAUCCUUCAAUCUAAACAUAUUGGUUGUUCAACCCCUAAUUUGUGAUUCACGAACAUG